AUGGAAAACAUGGACUUUCGAAGUACUGAAGGUAUGGAAAAAGCUAUUAUUAAUAGAAAAGUUAAUACGGAAGGAAACAAAAUAAACUGGCUCUCCGCAAAAGAAAUUCAAUUGAGGAAAGAUCAUACCUAUAGUUUAUUUUUAAGAACCUGUCAUUCUACUGAAAAACCGUUUGAGGAAAUUGACAUAAAACCCAAACAAAACCUCAAAAAAUAUCAGCCCAUUCCAGAAAGCUUAGAAUUACUAUGGCCCGAAGGAAAGGCUAUUUCUACUCCAAAAUUAAAGGAUAUCCAAUUAAUUCUGCAUUUGAUACCAUCAUCAGAACAAGAGUUCUAUACCAGUUUAUUAUCAAAUGAUAAUGUCGUUGAUGACAUUGAUGGAUUCAAUGCAGGCGUAGACUUUGAAUUUGAAAAUGUCUAG